GGGCAUUCUGGAUAUAACGUGUCUGUUUUCUCCGCCCACCGCCUCUGAUCUGUUCCUUUCUUCUUCGUCCUCCUCCUGCGCCCCCUCCUCCACCCCCCUCCCCCUUCACUCAGCGUUGGGAUUAGGAUCAGGAUCAGGGCUUCGAAGAGGGAGAUGACGAGAGGCGAGGAGGACCAGACGUCGAGGUUCCUCAACGAGCUCUGCUCCAUCCUUUUCGCCGUCCUCCGUUCCCCACAACUCGCCAUCCGCUCCUUCUCGGCCCCCUCCCCCGGCGUUGGGAGGAUCGGAACGGACGAGAUGUCUUAUCGUUCUCCUCUACCGACUCCACGGCGGCGGAGGCUGCCGCAGGCGUCGCCGGCGGCCGUGGCGUCCUUGAUGCUAGGGGUCUCGAUAGCGCUCAUGCUCGGUGGGUCCGUCACGUUCGUGCUUGGGUUCAUGUUGAUGCCAUGGGUGAUAGGGAUGCUGACCAUGUUGUACUUGGCCGGGAUCGUCAUGACCGUGUCGGAAUUGGGACGGGCCAUCCUGUUUCCCUCCACCACCAAGGAGGUCAAAGGGCCACUAAAGAUUUUUCAAGUUCUGCCCAGAAGAUAAUUGGACCGCCAUACAGCUGAAAGAAAAUUUGAAUAUCAUUCUGAUUGAAUUCCAUGAUAAUGAAAUGGCCGGUGGUAGCUUGCUCUAAACAGUUUUAUUUCAUGAUUGAAUUUCCAGUCACACAUGAUCUGGAAAAUGGUCUAAAGAGUGAUAUAAUGAACACGAGCAUAUUGGAUUCGUGAUUUACUUGUAUUUAGGUGGGAGUUCUGGUGAUGAUAAAUGCAGAAGUAAUCUCAUGAUAUCUUUGGUAGCUUACGCCUCUAUUACAUCUGAUUGGUGGCAGAUGAUAUUUAAGGCUCAUGACAUUUUGCUUGGAUGAAUCAUCAUAUGUAUUUUGCAAAUCAUUUUACUUUCAUAAAUCCGUCACAUAUGUUAAUCAAUUACACCAUGUUGGCAACUGUAGCACAUCUCA